AAUGAAGAAAUAGCUAAAAGCAGAAGUCCAGCUCCAAACUUAACACGAGUAUGGCAAAUUCCCCCACCUUCCCCUUCCCAACUUUAACGAAACACCCACAGCUAAAAUCCAACCCCAAGAUCCCCUCUCUCUCUCUCUCUCUCUCUCAAACUUGCAUCUUUACUUUUUAAAACUCCAAGGCGGGGGGGAGGGGAGGGGGUGCGGCCUAAAGUUAAAAGCACCAGUUCCCCACUCCAACGAUUGUCUCUGAAAUCAACAAACAGAAACAAAUCUCCUGAAAUCACCCAAUUCCUCUCUGCUUCAAUUCCAUGAACAAACAGUUCUCAAGCUUUCUAAAAACAAGCUGGGGUUAAUGUGGCGGCGCCAAACACAUGAGGUAGAUGGAUACUCUAUUCCGCCUGGUUAGCCUUCACCCCUCCGACGAUCAAAACCAGCAUCAACAGUCCUCUUUUAACUCCAGCCGCACUUCCAGUAGCUCCCGCUCUUCUCUCCACCCACCUUACCACCAAUACCUCCCUUCCACCUCCUACUUCGAACUCUCCCAAGAAGAAGAAUGCUGCUUCAUCAAUCCCCAUCAUCCCUCCCCUUAUUUCUACAACAAAAACAGCAACUUUUUCAUGGAUGAGGACUUCUCCUCCUCCUCCUCAUCUUCCAGACAUUUCCAACAACCUGCUCGUCCUCCCCACCAUCUCCCCCCAAUCCCCGACCUCUUCUCCGAUCCCAACCGCCGCUGCUGGGCCUCCGACCUCCUCCUCGACUGCGCGCGUGCCGUCGCCUCCCGCGACAGCUCCCGCGUUCAACAACUCAUGUGGAUGUUAAAUGAACUCGCUUCCCCAUACGGAGACCUUGACCAAAAGCUCGCCUUUUACUUCCUCCAAGCCCUCUUUGCUCGUCUCACCUCCUCCGGCCCCCGCACCCUCCGCACCCUCUCCUCCGCCUCCGACCGCUCCACUUCCUUUGACUCCACCCGACGCAACGCCCUCCGCUUCCAAGAACUCAGCCCAUGGUCUUCCUUCGGUCAUCUCGCCGCCAAUGGAGCCAUUCUCGAAUCCUUCCUCCAUUCCUCACCCCCCACACGCCUCCACAUCCUCGACCUCUCCACCACCUUCUGCACCCAAUGGCCCACCCUACUCGAAGCCCUCGCAACUCGCUCCGCCGCCGAUGAAGACACUCCCCAUCUCUCUAUCACCACCGUCAUCCCCUCCACCUCACAAACCGCUCGCCGCGUCAUGCGAGAAAUCUCCGCCAGAAUGGAGAAGUUCGCACGUCUAAUGGCCGUCCCAUUCCGCUUCUCCGUCGUCCACCAUCCCCAUUCCGACCUCUCUACUCUCGACCUCGACACACUUAUCUCACACGACUCCUCAUCUCCCGCCGCCACUCUCGCCGUCAAUUGCGUCAACUCUCUUCACGGCGUUCCUCCCUCCGCCCGCCGCCGCGACAUCCUGCUGGCUAAAAUAUCCAGCUUGCGCCCGCGAAUCGUGACGGUGGUCGAAGAGGAAGCUGAGCUCGAGUUUGAUGAGGAAGAUGAGGAGAGAUUCCUCAAAGGUUUUAGGGAAGCGUUGAGGUUUUUUUCGGCAUAUUUUGAGACGUUGGAAGAGAGCUUUCCUAAGACGAGCAAUGAACGGCUGGCGCUGGAGAGGGGUGCGGGACGUGCGAUGGUUGAUUUGGUGGCUUGUCCGGCGGAUCAGUCGGCGGAGAGGAGGGAGACAGCGGCGGGGGGGGGGGGGGGGGGGGGGUGGUCGAGGAGGAUGAGGAUGGCUGGGUUCUCACCGUUGGGGUUCAGUGAUGACUUGGCUGACGAUUUGCGAGCGUUGCUGAGGAGGUAUAAGGAGGGGUGGUCGAUGAGGGCUGCGGUAGGGACGGAGGAGGCGGAGGAGUCGACGUCUUCUGGCGGCGGAGGUGGCGGUAGAGGCGGCGCUGGGAUGUUUCUGACGUGGAAGGAGGAGGCGGUGGUGUGGGUUAGCGCGUGGAAGGUUUGAAGCUGAUUGGUGGCGGGAAGGCUUUAGGAACGUGAGUCAACUUGAAAUGGUCGCACUGGGAAAGUUGAAGUUGGGUUGGGGGGAGGGAUGGUCAUGGAAGGACACGUGGAAGCCAGAGAGAAAGAGUUGUUAACAGUAUUUUAAAAAUUUGUAAUCACCAUAUUUGUCAUGACGAAAAAGAGUUUAUUUUAUUUUAUUUUAUUUUAUUUUUCUCUAGAGUUCGGAAAAAAAAUAUUAAGUGUGGAUGCAAUGAUCAUGUGUUUGUAUGCGUGCGCCGACAAUAAACGUC